CGGAUGUGGUAUCUGCGCCGAGCGGAAGCCGUGAGGUCCUUUCUGCUCCCGAACAGCCAUCAUGGUGUUCACUCGUUUUGUUGAGAUUGGCCGCGUUGCAUACGUCUCAUUUGGACCCCAUGCUGGCAAAUUGGUGGCCAUUGUAGAUGUCAUCGACCAGAAUAGGGCUCUUGUGGAUGGACCCUGCACAGGCGUGAAGAGGCAAGCCAUGCCCUUCAAGUGCAUGCAGCUCACAAAUUAUGUGAUCAAAGUCCCCCACAGUGCCCGCCAGAAGUUUGUCAAGAGAGCUUGGGAGAAGGCCCAGAUCAACGAGAAAUGGUCAGAAACUAGUUGGGCCAAGAAAAUUGAGGCACGACAGAAGAGAGCCAAAAUGACGGACUUUGACCGCUACAAGGUUAUGAAGGCCAAGAGAAUGAGGAACAAGAUCAUCAAGCAUGAAGUGAAGAAGCUUCAGAAGGAGGCUGCAAAGAAAUGAACAGAUUUUCCAAAAAUAAAGUCCUGUUAAAUUCUGAA